UCCGUCGGUCGGUUGGCACACGCGUACGCUCUCUUCUUGUAUACCAAUUUCUAAUUCUAUGCUUCUCCCAAAAAAAAAUAUCAUCUUUGUACCUUCAGUUCUCCUUCCUUCCAGUUUCCGCCAGAGAUCAAAAUCUCUGGCCCUCGUCCUCUUCCGUCCUCCCGAUCGAUUAAUUCCUCUCUUUUCUCGCAGAGAUCGAAAUACUAGGGUUUCCCGUCAAGUUUUUUCCUUGAAUAUCGUAUAAUUUUAACUUUAGGGUUGGUUCGCUGAUUUCGAGCGGCGAUCCGGGGAUUUGGGGAUCAUACCAUUUGAGAGCUUCCGUCAAGAUCGAAUAUAUAUUUUUUUUUUGUUUGGUUUUUAGCCGGAUGCGCGCGGUGCAGUGAUAGCUCGUUUCUUUAGGGUUUCGAGUCGAUUUGAGGAGUUUGUAGCGAUUUAAUAUUGUUGUAUUUGAUUGUUGGAUAUGGAUUCGAGCCGGAGAGCUGUGGAAGCGUACUGGAGAUCUCGCAUGGUUGAUGGAGUGACGACGGACGAAGAUAAGGUCUCCCCCGUCUACAAGUUAGAGGAGAUCUGUGAGCUUCUGAGGAGCUCUCCUGCGGGCAUCGUCAAGGAGGUGUCGGAUUAUAUUCUCAAACGGCUUGAUCACAAGAGCCCCAUCGUGAAGCAGAAGGCAUUGCGGCUUAUCAAGUAUGCAGUGGGAAAGUCAGGCAAUGAGUUUCGUAGGGAAAUGCAACGACACUCAGCAGCUAUCCGACAGCUUUUUCAUUAUAAGGGCCAGUUGGAUCCCCUUAAAGGAGAUGCCCCAAGUAAGGCUGUCCGCGACACUGCUCAUGAGGCAAUCCAAGCUAUUUUUGCUACUGAUGACAACAAGUCAGCAGCACCAGUAGAAGGUCUUAACAAGCGCAUCCAAGGCUUUGGUAAUACAAAUUUUGAGAUGCCAACAGAAGAUAAGAAGUCUUUUCUCAGUGAAGUGGUGGAACUCGGUAGUGCCUCCAUCAAGCAGGGACUAAGCACCAUUGCUGCUGCCCAUGGGAUAAGGAAAGUCGACAACGGGAAUUACAGGAGCCCAAAUUUGCGGUGGUCUCUAACAACAGAAGGAGGUAGCCUUGAUAAAUAUGAAGGUGACGAGCACCACAGGGCAAGCUGGACAUCUUCUGGAGUCUCAAAAAAUGUGGCUUCUGGAACAUGGAGCCCGGAUUCAAGAAUGACCAUAGCAGGGACAGCAACACAUGAGGUUACUGGUUCAAGUCUCUCAGGGGUUAAAAGUCGUGAGGAGAGGCAUUUGGAGACUAUUGUCACUUCUGGAGGUGUUCGUCUGCAGCCGACUCGUGAUGCUCUUCAGGCUUUUCUUACUGAGGCAUGGAAACUGGAUGCAGUGUCUCUGAGUCAUGCACUCGAGAUGAAGCUCCAAUCUCAUUUGUGGCAGGUCCGGAUGAAGGCUAUCUGUGUACUAGAAGCAAUUUUGAGGAAAAAGGACGAUGAGCAUUUUUCUAUUAUAGCAUCUUAUUUUAGUGAAAACAGAGAUUCUGUGGUCAGAUGUUCUGAGUUACCUCAAGUUUCUUUGAGGGAAAAGGCGAUGAAGGUCUUAAGUCUUCUAGAUGGGGAGCAGACUAAUGGAGCAGGGAAUGCAGGGGAGCCAUCAGAUGCAAAAGCUACCCCUGCACCUAUGGUUCAGAUGCCUGACUUAAUUGAUACAGGUGAUCCAGAUGAUCGUGGAAAUGAAGCUUCCAUUCAGAAGCAGGGGGACCAAAGCACUGGGAAGCUAACAUUGCCCCCUCCUCUGGUUGACGAUCUUUUUGGAGGUGACCUUAUUUCUGGACUAGGUACCACUGAGGUUAAAAAUGAGGAGGAUCCAUUUGCAGAUGUAUCAUUUCAUGUCACUGAAGACAAGGAGCAUGAUGAUCUUUUCUCUGGACUGACAGUGGAUGACAAGAAAUCCAAUAUUGAACUCAAAACGCCUGCUGAUAAUAAGUCCGAAUUGCUCGAUGUUUUUGGUGCCAACUCUGGGCAGCUUCUGCAGGAUACAGGAGCAGAUAAAAAGAAUGUGAAUGAUUUGAUGGCUGGUCUAACUCUCAAUGGAAUGGCCCAAGAUAACAAACAACUUGGACCUUCUGGAGCAUCUGGAGGUGCCUUUCCAGGAGUAACUUUCUUAGAUGGUGGCAGUCAAGCAGGCCAGCUGCCUACCAAUGGAGCAUUUAAUGGUAUCCUUGGUUCAAAUACCUUGUAUGCUCAGGCUCCCAUGCAGCAUGGCAUGCCUCCAAACAAUAUGUUUAAUCCAGCUUUUGCUGCCCAGCCAAUGAAUUAUGGCGCAAUGGGAUCUUUCAUUGCUCAGCAGCAAUUACUAUUUCAAAACCUUGGGAAUCUCAAUUCUGGAUUUGGGGGCAUGGCUGGAAAUGCCAAUGGAGGUUAUUCUUCACCGCUCCCUGAUUUCUUUCAGCUUUCAAAUAAUUCAGUUCAAAGCCAUGGUCCGAUCAUGAACAGCUCGAAGAAAGAGGAGACUAAAGCUUUCGAUUUUAUAUCGGAUCAUAUUGCAGCAGCCCGUGAUUCAAAGAGAGUUCUUUGAAGCUUUUAACAGCACAUGUUUUACCGUCAAAAAGGAUCAAAACUGGUUUGGUGCUUAAUGGAAGCGCCUUUAGUCAUUCUUUUGCAAUAAUGACAUUUGUGCCUCAAGCUGCAUGAGCUAUACUUCCCCUUGCCAAUUUCCAUAGUGUGUUGUUAGGUAUAUAGUUGAAACUGCUCAGGUGUUGUAGAGAGGAUGGUUCUAGGUUGCUGUAUUUAACUGUGAAAUUUAAGCCAGAUGUGCAGUUUGCUGUGUCUCUUCAAUAAAUACUGUUUGGGGCUUUGUUUGUCACUUAUGUCGAUUGCAUUUUUAUCUUAUAUAAUCAGCAUGCGGGUGAAAUGAACCUGAGAAUUGGAUUU